AGCAAAGUACUCGACUUGACACACGUGGGCUGGCCAUCGUCCAUCACUGACAAGGAAAUGAAGCCUUUCUUUGACAGACGUCUGGAGCUCACUGUGCAUCAAGGGUGUCUGAUGUAUGGCAUGCGGGUAGUCGUACCACCAAAACUGCGCAAUCUCCUGCUUGAAGAGAUACAUCUGGGUCAUCCAGGUAUUGUCAGAAGCAAGGAAUUAGCCAGGAGCUACAUCUGGUGGCCUUCAAUUGACAAUGACCUGGAAGAGCAAGUGAAAGCAUGUCAAGAAUGCUAUCAACAGCGGAACGAGCCAGUCCCCGCGCCCCUCCACCCUUGGGCAUGGCCGACAUCGCCCUGGCAAAGGGUGCAUUUGGAUUUCGCGGGUCCAGUCAAGGGGAAGAUGUUUUUGGUCGCCGUAGAUGCACACUCAAAGUGGCCCGAGGUCUAUGUGAUGGAGAAGACGACAUCACAGCACACGAUCCAACGUCUUCAGGACUUGUUUUGUCGUUUUGGUGUACCUGAGGCCAUUGUUACGGACAACGGUCCUCAGUUCGUCUCAACAGAAUUCAAGUCUUUUAUUAAGAAUCUAGGAGGCCGUCACAUCUUGAGCGCGGCCUAUCACCCGAGUACUAAUGGCCUCGCGGAGAGGUUUGUCCAGACAUUGAAGUCUGCUCUCCGAAAAGGACGACCGCAAGACUCCCUGGAGUUGACGGUACAAACGUUUCUUCUGACGUACCGCAAUACCCCUCACACGACGACAAAAGAAACACCUGCCAGUUUGUUCUUAGGCAGAAGACUUCGCACAAGACUCGAUGCCAUUAAGCCUUCCGUUGGGGGAAGAGUAGGACAUCAACAGUUCGUCCAGACCUCGCAGCGAAAGGCACGAACAAGGAUUUUUAGUGUGAACGACAAUGUUCUCGUGAGGAACUAUAGAGGCUCCCAGAAGUGGGUUCCCGGCACAAUUCUCAAGCAAUCUGGCCCAGUGUCGUUCCAGGUUCGAGUCAUGACUGCUCGGGGCAUAUAUAUCUGGCGCCGUCACCAAGACCAGAUGCUUCAUCAUCGUGAAAACUCGAUGCAAGCCACAUCGGACGGAUUCCUGCCCGACCUGAGGGAUCCAGAGAACUGCGUCGACGAGCCUGUGGUCAGUGAGUUUGCAACCACCCCACAGAGGGCAACCGACAAUCCCGCUGUGCAACAGCGCUACCCCACAAGACAUCGUCGUCCUCGAGACAGAUACGACGCAUAA